CACAAUUUUCAGGGGCAGCUUGGUCCGCAGGGGGAUAGAGGGAACAUGGGGACACCAGGCGGAGUUGUAAGUAUAUUGGAAAUAUUUUUGUGAACAUAUAAGAAUAUGGAGUUAUGAGUAAUGUAUGACGUCAUUUCAUAGGGCCCGCCUGGAAAGAAAGGCAUCGAAGGACAAAAAGGUUUUAUGGUAUGUUGUAUUCACGGGUAAGAGUGCUUUAUCAGAUAUAAAACACGACGCGACAGGCAUUAGUGUUUUAGGUCUGAUCAAGUACGGAUUGCGAGUGUUUUAAACAGCUUAAAAACGACCCGUCUUAUGAGUUCAUUGGCGAAGUAACUUUAAAAAUUAACGUUGUCUAAGCCGAGAAAAUCAAAGAUAAAGUUUAUGUAAAUCAACAUGAUAAUAAUAAUAAUAAUAAUAAUAAAUAAUAAAGACUUUAUUGCAGCUUAUCUACAUGGUAGCUUUACAUCUGCGUAACUGAAAAAAAUUAAAUAUAUAUAAAUUGUUAAUAAUUGUUAUACAUUUAAACUAAAUUGUUAAUAAGAAGAAACAUUGCACUAAUACAAUACAAAUAAGUCUAUUCAAGGCGUAGGAAUGCUCUGGAUUUCAGUAAUUGUUUCACUUCCCUCAUGAAUACGUUUAAGUCUGCACAUGAUCGUACUUCUGGGGGAAGAUCAUUGAAUAAGUUCGCUGUUGUCUCCUGGAAAGUUCCUUUUAUUAAUGGAAUCGACAAUCGUGGUGCUGCAUUAGAGCGCAGCGUUCUUCCAGGGUUAUAUACUUCCAGGGUUAAGUACUCAGGACAAGAGUCCUUGUUGUAGAUUGCUCGGUGAGUAUGCUUGAGGAGGUUUAAUUGAGUUCUCUCCAAGGUUGGAAGCCAUCCAAGCUGUAAGACGUCUUUUCCUGAACAAUAACGAUUAGUGACGAAGCUGGCAGCAGCGUUUUGCACACGUUGCAUCAACAUGUUGUUUUAUCAAUUAACAUGUUGUUAAAUGAACAUGAAUUAUUAAUGAGAUUUUUAAUGUUUGGAGAAAUACCGUUGUAAAGCAAGAAAACUCGACAAGACAAGACAAUUGUUUUUGAUGUUACUCUGAGUGUAUACCCACACCGGGCAGGCUGAAACGUUAGCCUGACCACGGUGGGAAUCGAACCCGCGACCUUUGGGAUACUAAUCCAAUGCUCUGCCAACUGAGCUACGAGGCCAAGUCUGUUCGAAACACACACAAAAAAUAUCAAGACAAUUAAUGUAGAAAUAUGUUUUUGCAGGGUCCAAUUGGAGAUAGGGGAAUCGAAGGCAUUCCUGGUUUAAGGGUAAUUUAUAGAAAUAUGUUUGUGGAUUCAUUGUGUUUGCAUCAAAAGAUGAUGUGACUGACUGUUUCCUCAACUAGGGUGAGCCAGGAGAGACUGGAUUUCGUGGUGCACCUGGACCAGACGGUAAUCCCGUGAGUAUGCUAGUACACUGUUUUUGUAGGGAUGGUAGUGGGAGGGGGGAGGGGAUACUUAUCAAGCUUUGGUCAUGAUUCAGGGUGUGAAGGGUGUGACCCUUGACCAAAUGUGUAAUCAUGUUACUAUCUCAUCAUGUAUUGUCUCUAUCAUAUUCUUAAGUGCAUGGUCUUUCCAAAUCCGGUAAAAAAAUUAGCAAUCUCUCUUGCAACCCCUCAUCGGCAACGCUAAGGGGUUCCUCCUGCUCCCCUCACCAGUAAAUCCAUUCCUGUUUUAUUGUAUUUAAUUGUGCACGGAUAUCUACCUAUUGUCGGAUAUAAAAAAUACAGUAGAGAAUGAUGCAGAUUUGAUGUUUUGAAAUUUAUGUUUUAGGGUCCUGACGGGCCUGUUGGUCGCAAAGGCAGGAAAGGCAACAGGGUAUUUGAAUUAAACUGUAGAUUAUAAUGGACAAGCAUUAGCAUAUAAGCCUCUAAUCGAUACAAAAGAAAUUUGCGUGUUAAUUAUUCAAAUUUCUGCAUGUUAAUUUUUCAGAUCUCUGCGUGUUAACUAUUCAAAUUUCUGCAUGUUAAUUAUUCAAAUUUCUGCGUGUUAAUUUUUCAAAUUUCUGCAUUUUAAUUUUCAAAUUUCUGCGUGUUAAUUAUUCAAAUUUCUGCGUGUUAAUUAUUCAAAUUUCUGCAUGUUAAUUUCUCAAAUUUCUUCUCAGGGAUUUCACGGAGAAAGAGGACAUCAUGGCUUGUUUGGUGCGCCUGGUAAACAGGUAUUUAAAACUUGAAAAGUUCGGUCGUUUCAACCGUCACCAUAAUGUUACAUUGUUAUAUUUUAAUUUUCAGGGUGGCCUGGGUCCUCCCGGUGAUGCUGGAAUACCUGGACCCCUUGUAAGUAAGCUUUCUAAGCGAUGCAAUAUUGAUUGAGCUUACCAUACAGGGCUCAAAAUAACGUCCGGCCAAAAAUGCCUCUUGACCGGUCACUUUUUUACUUCACCAGCCAUUUUGACCGGCCACAUUUUCAUGUCUUCCAAUGUGAUUGCUGACGUCUUGAAUUAAAAUAUAAAACUAUGAUGUAUCGAAACAAGUUCUAAUAUAGUUUCUAAAAUCAAGUUGACCGGAGACCUAUCUCAGUAUCUCCCAUUACUUUGAGCCCUGCCAUAUCUGUGGUUAUGUGGUCAAACCCAUGCAUAAGCAUGGAAAACACAGUUCAUUUUUUCGGAUACUAUACACUGUUCUGAUAAUGUAAGCAUAAAUGAAGUGAACUGGGUUGAACAAGCACAAACACACGUUAGCAUAUGAAGUAUGUGUUUAAUUUUAUAUUUGUUGGUUAUCCCUGAGAAUGUAUUGUAUAAUUAUAUAAUGAAAGUGAUCGGAUUGGUACCGUUUUAGGGCAGUCGCGGUCUUACUGGUGAAGAAGGAAACAUCGGCGUGAGAGGUAGAAAGGUGAGAACAGAAAGCUCUAUGUGAUUGAUCACUUGCAUGGUAAGGACGUGAUGAAGGCGUGAUGAACACGUGAUGAAGGCGUGAUGAAGACGUGAUGAAGACGUGAUGAACACGUGAUGAAGGCGUGAUGAAGGCGUGAUGAAGGCGUGAUCAACACGUGAUGAACACGUGUGAACACGUGAUGAACACGUGAUGAAGGCGUGAUAUACAUACUUAAGGUUCAUUCAAACGACGAACUUGAAUAUCUACCAACAUCGUUCCUUUCUUAGGGUCAUGGCGGUGAAGAAGGCAUCAGAGGUCUUAAAGCCGUGAAGGUAGUCAAAUCGUGUGCAGUAUUCUGAAUCUAGUUGGAGAAAAAAAGUUUGCUGUAAUGUCAGAUUUAUUUGAUUUGUUAGGGCAAGAAGGGUGUUGGAGGGUUAAAAGGAGAGAGAGGGGAAGCUGGAAGCAAGGUAUGUGAAGUUUUCAAAAAUGCACAAGUUUUAACAAGUUGACCAAAUGUUGAUCUUUGAAACUUUCUAUAGGGAAACACGGGAUUAUCGGGAAAGUCAGGGUCAAUGGGGGACUUCGGUAAAGAGGUGAGUCAUGCAUUGUGGAUAAACUUGAGGCGAUCAGGUUGAGCUGCACCCUUUGUAAUCAGCUUAGCUCUCGGCUGCAAGUAAGGAUAUUAAGCAAUCCUCUCUUAUCCAUUUAGCUUACUAACAGUCGUGGUUAACAUCUUGGUUUUCUCGUAGGGUCUUAUGGGUGAUACAGGAGGACCAGGAGGGUUCGGUGACGAUGGAGAGAAGGGUUUGCCGGGUGUACCUGGAUCACGUGGGGGUCGCGGAGGUCAAGGCCCGAAGGUAGAAGAAUAGAGUUUUGACCACAUCAGCACUUGUCCUGUAUUGUGAAAGAUCGUGAUAGAAUAGACGCUUUUGUACUGUAGUGUAUUGUUGUUUUGUCGGCGUAGUUUAAGCAUAGUUUGAGCUUUAACCAUCAAAGGUGAUGAAUGUAUGUAUUUGGUUUAGGGAAAGCAAGCCGAACGUGGGGAGAAAGGAACAGACGGACAUCGAGGCUCAUUUGUAUGUGCAGGUUUUUACACUAGUAUAAGCCAACACCAAAAGGUCAAAUUUUACUUUAUCAUGUUUAAUUUACAACUCUGAUGUGGAUUAGGAUUUUGAGCGUCUACACGAAGACUAACCAACUCUGUAGUAAUUCUGCGGUGUUUGGUAGAGUCAGACUGAAAGCACUCUUCAUGCUUCUUACUGAUGUGAAAUCAUAAUCAGGCAACUGUUGGAAUUGAUCACAUCCAUUACCACAUCGAAAGUUGCUAUGGUCAAUCAUGUCAGAAUUUUGAUGGUCUAUAUCCGAGAAGACACAACCAACAGCAGUUUUUUUAGGCAACGCUUUGGAGUAAUCCAAAAGCACUUUUUUCAUACUGAUGAGAAAUUAUAAUAUAGCAUUUGUGAAUUCUGAACGCUGAUUGGCUAAGAGCCGUGUUGAUAUAACUCAUUGUCAACACGGAAAAUUUCUUUCUUCAUAUUUCUUUGUGCCAUAUUAUAAAAAAAUAAAACAUUUUUCCUUAUUGAUAUACAGUUAUAUCAACACUCGUGGAAAUUGGCAAAACUUGAAAUUGUGUGAAAACACUCCGCCCUUCGGAUAUCCCAAUUUCCACUCGUGUUGAUAUAACUGUAUAUCAACACGAAAAAUGUUUUAUAUUUGUUAAUUAUAACUAGACAAGUGCAUCAGAAAAUCACAUUCAUUACCACAUCGAAAAUUGCCAUGGAAAAUGAUCGCCAGAUUAUACCAAUUUCACGAUUGUGUAAUGCAUGCGUGUGUUAUAUAAUAAUGCAAACAUCCUCUCAUUGUAUCAUUUACCUUCGCUGUCAAUGUCUUGGCUUCGAUUGUCGGAUUAACUGGAACGACCAUAAUUUAAAUAAAAUUCAAAAAUCAAACCCUAGUGAUGUCACGUCAUGUAUUUACCGUUGGUGAAUGAAACAUGCGAGGAUUUUUGCGGCGUAAUGUGAUUUUUCGUGGAAUUUUGUGUGCUUUUUCUUAAAACGCGUUUUGUGGUUUUCCAGUUAAUCCUGCCACGAAGAACAAGAUUUGGCAACGGAGUAUUUCCUGGAAGCGAUGACGUCAUAAUUAUUCAGUGAGUACCAUGAGUAUUUGGUCUUAGAAAUAGUGCAAUUCGGUCGCCCUUACAGGGCAGGUGGUCGAGUGCGGAAGCGUUCACACUCGCAGGAGGCUGAGGAGCAAGAAAAUGAUAAUUCCAGCUAGACGAAAUUUUGAUCUGGACAAGAAGAACGUUAUCCAUUACCAUAGAUGGAAAGAGCAUCUUAAAAUGAGUAAAAUAGCAAAGUUUGGUUGUGAAUUGUUGUAAAAUGAGGAAAAUAUAGUCCUUUUAUUUUCCAAAAAUUUUGUGUAUAUUUGCAUUACGCGCGGGAAAAAUAACCAUUUUUGAGCCGAAAGUGGUUAUUUUUACCUCGCGUAAUACAAAUAUAAACAAAAUUUGCGAACUUCACAGGGCUAUAUUUUCUUCAUUUUACAACAUUUAGCAACCAAUCUUUACAGUUUCACUCAUUCUAAGACGCUCUUUCUAGCUGUGGUGUUGGAUCUCGUUCUUCUUGCCUUGAUAAAAAUUUAGUCAAAAGCUGGAAUUAAACAAUAUCAUUCAAUUCUAUUAUUGGCCACCAAGUACAACAAUUCUAAUAACAAAUAAAGCACCUUACUUUAUUUCCUCACUCUGAUAACUGCAGGUUGACCACCAUUGAACUCUACCUUCUAUUCAAAGCUUUAAGAACAAUAUCAGGAAAGUAGAUUUGGCCGACUUAGUUGACACCAAUUCUUGUAAGAAUUGUGCCAUAUGUAGCACUUAGCACUAUAAUAUUUAAAUAAUUAGAUUAUGCAUGACAUGAAUAUGUAAAUAGAUAAAUUAGCUAGACGUAAUCGCUUCAUAUUAUUGUAAUUAAGAUAAUUUUAAGUGUCCCCGAUUAGUGAAAGUUGAUCUUUGGCUAUAAGAUAUGACACUUUAAUAAAGUUAUCAAUCAAUCAAUCAAUCAAUCAAUCAUCUGCUGCACGCUAGUGCUUAGUGAAGUCCACUUAUUGGUCAAUUUGACAUAUGGUCAAUUUGUGUGUAGCUGAAUUUUGAUUUGUUCUAGGGAGCUGGCGGUUUAGAAGGCGCUUCUGGAAUACUCGGCGAUGAGGUUUGCUUCUAUGUAUUCGUUUGGAUAUCCAUCAUUCUAUAUAUGCACGGCUUAUUGAACAAAAUGUGUUUUGACAAGAUAUGUUCGCAACAUACUUGUAGCAAGCUUGUCAACAAGUUUGUUGAGCUCAACAACCUUGUAGCAUUAGUUGUCAACAAGUUGUGAACAAGCUGGGAACAAGCAGUGCGAACACAUCCUGUUAACAAGUUGUUGAAACAGCAUUGGUAUGCAAGUCUGUUGCAGGUUUGUUACAAGUUAUGUGUUUUUACGUGUUAUACCUUGCUGUUUUCGUUUCAGGGUGAAAAAGGGGACAAAGGUGAAAUUGGCCUCCCUGGCGAACCUGGCAUGUCGGUGAGAACUUAGUAAACGUUUUAAUAAAACUAACGGUCGGUCUUGAUAUGACUCUGUAAAGUUUUAAAAGCUUGGUAAGGUAAAGCUUGAAAUCUCUUCUAAACGUAAGUGUUUUUACUCUAGGGAGAUGUUGGCCAUACAGGAGCUCCCGGCGAGAGUGGGGAAGCGGUGAGUUAUAAUGAAACUGCGACAGGUUGUAUGUAAUAAAAUAACCUGGAACUAUUCUUCUCAGAACAUAACUAGUUUUAAAUACAUUCUUUAUUUUAUUAGGGUGUAGGAGGUCCCGCUGGUGUCCAAGGCCUUGCGGGUUUUAAAGGCGAACAGGUAGAAGUAACAUCAAUAUAUUUUUUAUACUAGAUAGCUCGAUCAGUUUUCGUCUCUCUAGGAAUCUGGCCAGUAAGUACCACCAAAUCUCGGGUAUCUCUGUAUAUGUUUGUUUAGGGACCUAGAGGACUUGCUGGACUUGGGGGACUGACAGGAUCGUCUGGUGUGAAGGUAUCAGCUCACUUGACAUUUUUGUUGUUCUCUUUGGAAGAUUCUUUUUUAUUUUCAGUUUAAUAAUGAUCGUUGUCAAUUUUUCAGGGCUAUAUGGGUAAACCUGGCAUGGAAGGUGAUCAGGGAAAACAUGGUGAAAAGGUACCAUAUGACUGUAAUGCCAUGAUAUUUGCCCAUAUACCUAAUACUAUUUUCUCCUUAGUGUACUGUUUGUACAAAAACUUAUGGUUGAAGCUUGACAACUGUCUCUCUGUAGCUCAGUUGAUUAGAGCGCUGCAGCCAGAGGCAGAUAGUUGUAUUUGUCACAGCUGCUUUGCCAGUUAAGUCUAAACUAUCCAUGGUGUCAGCCGUAUGACUCUACAGUACAUACACUCAUGUUUAUCAUUUAAAAUUUUAGUCUGUUUUAACCUCCGGCUUUUUGUUUCAGGGUCGACCUGGUGCGCGUGGAAUCAUCGGUGAUAAUGGUCUUAUGGGACCAGCUGUGAGUAGUCUCGAAUUUCACCGCCCAUGUGCAUAUCAUUUCUUAACAAGCGAUGUUUUUGUUUUGACAGGGUCCUCCUGGACCGGUGGGAAGUAAAGGAACGCUGGGUGUCCCCGGAGAAAAGGUAGAUUUGUGUAGUUGAGUAAAUCAUGAAUCAUUUCUAUCAUUCAAGAGUACGUGGAACGAAAUAUGGUAUUGGGGGCGUACAUUUAUUGGGGCGUGCAGGGGGUGCGCAACCCUACCCGUCUUGGCAAAGGAGGGUGCAAGGUGGGAGGGGGGUGUCCAAUUUUCUUAUCAAAUCCAUUUUUGGAUUUGAAAAGGCAAUUACAAAAACAAAUAUAAAGUAGAGACGAAAUGAGAUAGUAACAUGAUUGUGAAAUUGUCAAGCAAGACUACAGACUAGCGCCUUACUGCCAUAGUUCCGCUGUACUGAAUCUUGCUGGAUCCAUCUCUGUGCUACUGUAUGUAAAAAUAAUGCUGCAUUCCGUAGGGCAAACAAGGUGAUGUUGGUCCUCGAGGAAUAACUGGAGAAAUCGGUAGUGAUGGCGAUGAUGGACCUGAUGGCGACCCGGGCGAUAUUGUGAGUGUAAAAUUCUACAUCGUCUUCUCUUUUCAUCUAUUGAGUCCCAGCACUUUGCCCUUGGCGAGUGAAAUCGUCUGGCAUUAGACAGAGUAAAAAAAUAAAGUAGGGUGCAUUGCCACUUAAUGGUUUAAACGCAAUCUAAUUUUUUAAAUUUCAGAACCAUCUUGAGAGAUAUGAAAACUAGUUUCAUAUUAAACUAGUUAAGUACUAUUUAAAGCAUGAGCAGCAGUGUUUUAUCAGAUAUAAAGAUACGAGGCGAAGCCAAGUAUCUACGAGGCGAAGCCGAGUAUCUUUAGGUCUGAUAAAACACGCACUGCGAUUGUUUUAAAUUGCUUCAAAAACGAUCGAUCUAGUAAGUUCAUUGGCGAAGUAAUUUUCAAAAAAUACGUUGUGUAAGUCGAGAAAAUCAAAGUUAAAAUUUAUGUAAAUCAAGGGAAAUCUCUAUCGCAUAUAAAGAUACGACACGCUUAUGAUUUUUCUUUGUGUUUUCCUCAUGGAUUAUUAAUGAGUUUUUGAAUUCUAGAUAUCGUUCCCCCUUUAUUUUAGGGUCCAAAAGGCAUUGCAGGGAAAACAGGCGAUGUUGGUCAUAUAGGCGAACCGGUAAAGUGCCUAAGUUUUUUAUUCAUAAUGCCUGAUUCUUACAUAGGUCAUAGUUUUGUUACAUCAUUAUUAUGUAGGGAACAGAAGGACCUGCAGGACCUCAUGGGAUAAUAGGAGUGGAUGGUGUAUAUGUAAGUGUAAACUUAUGCACGACUAAAAAAUAACCAAUGUUUCAAGAAUGAUCUGAAUCAGGCCUUGCCCGAAAAGGCGCUUUUCACUUGCCUUUUUCAAGAACAAGAAACGAUUUAAAAGGAAAUGCAUGUGAGGUUUAUGUUAUCGAUUGCUUGCUUUACCAUAUACGACAAGUUUUCCAGAUAUAAUACGAUGUAAUAUUUUUAAAAUGAUUUAGGGUGAGAAAGGUUUCCGAGGAAUGACUGGUGAAGUUGGGAAGAAAGGCGAACUGGUGAGAUAGACCUACCUUUGUGUCUUUGUGACUGUACGAACGUUGUUGAGCAUCGCUAACUUCUUCAUUUAUCUAUUUUCUUGUUGAUUUCAAGGGAGAUCCUGGAAGUAAAGGAAUGAAAGGCGUGGUUGGUGAGACAGGAGAUUUGGUAAGCACUUGAUAUGAGAGAAGAACGGGGGAGGGAAGGGGGAGAAAGGGAAGAAGUGUGGUAGUGUGGGAGGAGGGAAGAAUGGGUGGUUGGUGGAAGGACGGAAGGAAGAAAGCAAAAUAGAGAAGGGAAGCAAAAAGAAAGGAAGGAAAGAGGAUGGAUGUAUCGAUUAAUUGAAUGAUAGAUAGAAGCAUAGUCUGUCAUGAUAGUCCGGAAGACCUUUGUUUGAGGUAGAACUGCACCUCACUGUGCACAAAUCCUUUGCCUCAACUUCAUUAAAAAUAUAAUUUAUCGUGGUUGCACGUUUCAUCUCAGCGAUCCCUAUUGCACGGUUACUUAAUUAUACGAGAAUACAAUGAGCUCAAUCACCGUGACCGUACACAAAUUAACAUAAACUCCGACAAAAACAUAAUACAGACCAUCAUAUCUUGACAGGCUAUGAUAGAAGGAAGGAUUACGGAAACCACUGAGUAUUUUAAUGAUAUACAAAACAACGGUGACUUCGAAAAUGAACAUUUGUAUUUCCUGAUGAUAACUGAAACUUAGUCGAAAGCUAGACAAUGUAAAAAUUCAUUCAUUUGGAGUUUCCGUUGUUUUGUAUUUCAAGACGCAAGGAAACAAGUAAAUAGAUAACCACACUCCAUCUUUAGGGACCACCCGGAAAUCGAGGACUGCGCGGAGAAAUUGGAUCAUACGGCUUUAAGGUAAACAAACGAUUUGUAAUCUUUAAGAAUGCUACUGUAGUAUCCAGGUGAUUGUGUGAUAAAAUAUAUUUUUCCCUUCAGGGUCAGCCCGGACGUCCUGGUACUACUGGAGCUGCUGGAGAAAAGGGCGAAAAGGUUGGUUAGGGUCUUAGGGACAUUAAUCUGUCUGUCCGUCCGGCCGGCCGUACGUCCGGACAUUGCCCAAGGACAAAUUGAUUAAAAUUUGGUUAACUUUGGAUGAAAAUUGGAUUAGAUUGCUUUUUGUCUUUAAUAGCUACAUUGUUUUACAGCUCAUUAUUUGAACAUUAGCCAAAGGUACUUUAAAAAAAAAUUGAGGCUAAAGAACAACCAUUGCUAACAUGUUGAACUUCUUGAUAGGGAAAGAAAGGCACUGGUGGACUUCCUGGAACUACGGGAUCCCUUGGAGAAGUGGUACGAUAGUUUUUCAUGAAUAUUUUAAUAUGAUUGACUGAAAUGCUACUGUAAGCUUAGAUUAAUAAAAAUUGAUAUAUAAUCAAGAGGAGAUUUUUUUGUAUGUUACGUAACACGCGCUCAAAACUAAUGCUUAUAAUAUAUCACUUGAGGUUAUGACUAAAUUCAAAAUUUUUAUUUUUCGAUACGUUUCUCAAUCGGCAAACAAACUUAAAAAGUAUGUCCAGUGUUUUAUCUGUAAAAUAAUGCUAAAAUGAAGAGAUUUUAGAUGAUACGCCAAAGAGAAAAUGAUGUCUGAAGUUAAGUAAGUUUUGCUUAUAUGGCUGUAAAUAAGGCGUCAAUUUUAAAGCAUCAUUGAUAAUUGUAUUUUAAUUGACAAUUUGUAACUAUUAUUUUAUGUUUCUCAACCGGCAGAUGCAUUGAAAAAGGUAGCUAACUAGUUCUAUAAACUAGAGAAUAAAGCUGAAACAAAGUAAUUUUGAGAGGAACGCCAAAAAGAUUUUAGGUUUUGAACACUUUUCAUUGCAAAAACGUGACAUUGAAAAGAAUUGCCUCUUAAAAUGAACUAUGUGCUUUCCAGGGUCCAACAGGAAGUAAUUUUGAGAAGAACGCCAAAAAGAUUUUAGAUUUUGAACACUUUUCAUUGCAAAUACGUGACAUUGAAAAAAAUUGCCUCUUAAUGAACUAUGUGCUUUCCAGGGUCCAAGAGGAAAAGUUGGCAAACUAGGUGAAGAUGGUGAAAAGGGAGCGCUGGUAAGCACAAGGAAUACGAACAAAACUAAACUAAUUUUUGACAGUUCAGUGUAGUUUGUGAGAAACGCUGAAUUUAUAUAUUUCAUUAUUUAGGGGGCAAAAGGAGAUGGAGGUCCGCUUGGCUGGAAGGGAUACAAGGGAAUUCGGGUACGAACUGUAACUGAAACAUUUUCCCUCUAAAUUUUGAGGUCAUGAAUAGAUCUUUUCAAGGUUAACGACGCCAUAAUGAAACACAAUAGUGCAAGGGGUGCAAACACAAUGGAAUUCCCUAUAGGGAAAUUUGCAGGGUAUGCAAACACAAUGGUGAAACAAUAGAUUCAAGAUGGCGUCGUUAACCUUGGAAGUUAAGGGUAUUAGUCGUGGCAAUUGACCACUUGCAUAAUAGACUAAAUUUUGAUCUAGACAAAAAUUUCAUCACAGCUUGAAAGAGCAUCACAAAAUUAGUAAUAUUCCAAAGUUUCGUUGCGAAAUGUUGUAAAAUGCGGAAAAUAUAACCUUGCGAAGUUUGCAAUUUUCAGUCAUUUUAGAUUACAAACGGGAAAUUGACAGCCCCAAACCCUUCGAGGCUGUCAAUUUCCCGUUUGUAAUCUGAAAUGACUGAAAAUUGCAAACUUCGCAAGGCUAUAUUUUCCGCAUUUUACAACAUUUCGCAACGAAACUUUGGAAUAUUACUAAUUUUGUGAUGCUCUUUCAAGCUGUGAUGAAAUUUUUGUCUAGACUUGUUUAUAUCAAAAUUUAGUCUAUUACGCAAAUGGUCAAUUGAAUUGUUCCUAAAAUAUUCUACUAAUUCAUUUGCUCACACGGACCAAUUUAUUCGAGACGUUUGACAAAUUAUACGCAACUUCGUGUAUUUGAUCGUUCUGGUCACUUCCUGUCUUUUUAUGAUUGGUCAAUUGCAGAAAAACCAAACCUGAUUGAUGCAUAUUCAACCGGGAGUUUAUCAAUUAUAAAGGACAUUAUCAAAUUUUGCACAUAACUCCGCAAAUGAAUUGGUUCUUGUGAGCAAAAGACUUGGUAGAAUAUUUUAGGAACACUUCCAUUAUCAUGAUUGUAAUAAUUGUUAUUUAACCGCAGGGUUCAAGUGGAAAGUCAGGCGAACCGGGUCUACCUGGGGAAAUAGGACUACAGGUAUGUGAUGUCAUGAAUUACGUCACCAUUUUGACGUCAUUUCGGGUUUCCAUUGUGUUUCUCUUUUGUCAAACGAUAACGGUUUGUCUGUCCGUUUUUCUUGAUGUUCAGGGAAGUUUGGGUCCUCGAGGUGACAAGGGAUUUCUGGGAUUAGCUGGACAACAGGUGAUGAUCGUGUAUUGUUAGGAUUUUGCAUGUUUUAAUACUGCGUGAUGUAUAUAUGAAUAUAUGUAUCUUGUAGGGUGACAAAGGCGAUAUAGGUGUUGAAGGCAAGUCAGGUGGACAAGGACAACAGGUAAAAAUCAUUUCAAGUAUACAUGUAAAAACGCAUAAGUUGUAACAAACCUGCAGCACAAUUGUAGCAAUGUUGUUCCAACAACUUGUCAACAGGAUGUGUUCGCACAGCUUGUUCCCAGCUUGUUGGCAAGUUGUCAACGGCUUUUUGACAACUUGCUACAAGGUUGUUGAGCUCAACAGACUUGUUACAAGUUGUUCCAACAGCUUGUUAUCGACAUCCUUGACACCGCAGCUGUCCUGAAUUAUAAAUGAAGAUUUGAAGUAUAUCGUUUUCUUUCAUUUUUCUGUGUUGGUGUAAUGUACUCAGGUGAAUAUGAUGCUUGUGAUGUUACUCUGAGUGUAUAUCCACACCGGGCAAGCUUGAAAAAUAUGCCUGACCACGGUGGGAAUCGAACUUACGACCUUUGGAACACCAGCCCAUUGCUCUGCCAACUAAGCUACGCUAUCAUUGAUCACUAGAUUGCAUCGAUAUCGAAGGAACUAGACUCAGUUCCGAAAUAUCACAUACUCGGACCGACCUGACCACGUAGCUCAGUUGGCAGAGCAUUGGGCUAGUAUUCCAAAGGUCGUAGGUUCGAUUCCCACUGUGGCUAGGCAUAUUUUUCAAGCUUGCCCGGUGUGGAUAUACACUCAGAGUAACAUCACAAGCAUCAUUAUCGUUUUCUUUGUUUCCAAUGCAGGGCGGUCCUGGCGACGCGGGCAACAGAGGGGCCACUGGAGGUGCGGGCAAACAGGUGAGCUUCGAAUGCAUCAGUUGCUGCACAUUUUAUUCAAUGUUUAAUUGUUUACCCUUCAAUUUUCUUAGGGUCCACCAGGGAAGCCGGGAAUCAAAGGCAUUAAUGGGAAUAUAGGUCCAGCGGUAUGUUUAUAGAAAAAAUACAAUGUACAACUUUAAUGCAUCCUUUAGAUAAUUACGUUGCAAUACGUUUGCCAAACAUAUUUCUAAUAUUCAGACCCUAACUUUUUGCCGAAGUUUAUUCUUGAAUUUUUAACUACCCCGAAUGUUUAGCACGCCGUUCGAAACAUGGCUAAUAAGAAACGUCAAAGUUUUAAACCUUCAAAGCAAACUUUAUAACAAAUUGAAAUAAUUUCUUACCCAUUUUUCUUUCUUUGAAUUCCGUUAGUAUUGUUUUGUUUCGUCCAUUUCUAUUUAAAAUACGCGUAAAGGUUGGAUAAAGAAGUUGGAAAUUUAAACGCUUCUUAUUGGCUAUCCCAGGGAUGAAUAGCCAAUCAAACUGUUUUCGCGAAACGUUUCGCGGCAUUUCGUAGAAUGGCGGGAAGUUUUCGCGCUCUUUUUGCAAUGCAGAUUUAGACCACUAUAUCCUACCAAUAGAGUCGAUUUUAAGUUAAACAUAGGCUGAAAUACAGUUUAUUGAGUUAAAUACAAGUUUAAAUGCACUUUAUCCCAUUAGAUAACUAUAAAGCUUUGGAUUUUAUAGUUUCUUAUUAUAUUUUUUAGACUUUUAGGCAAAUUCAACUCGUUAAUUUAAUUUUUCAUUGCUGUAGGGUACGCCAGGUACACAUGGGGUUAAAGGUACCAAAGGAGUGUCGGGGUUAAGGGUAUGGAUUUUGUAUUUGACUUUUUAUCUCCUUGGUAUAAAUAAUAGACAAGCGUUCUUAUAGAUCAGCACAAUGUAGAUAAGAACAGAAUUUUUCGACUAAAAAUUUCAUUUGCCCGUAUGUAAGGCAAAAAGCUCUCCUUAACGGUGCAAAAAACUGAUUAAUGAACAUAACAUAAUUAACAUAACAUAAUUUAUUAGUCAAAGAUAGAUAUAUACAAGUGAUCACAUCUCACAGGUAUAGCAAAGGCUAAUCGAGGUGAGAAGUGAUUAAACUGAUAUACUGAGUAGCUAUAGAACAGGGCUUUUUGUCAAGAAAAACAGCGUAAAGAACAGGAAACAGAAACCCUUCUAAGCGAAAAUGUUUAUGUACGGGGUUUUAGACAUAAUAACAGUCGGUUGAGUGGAAACUUUUUUAAUUUCAGGGAGUGGAAGGCUUCCGAGGUCCUACCGGUCCUCGUGGCGAACCUGGCGAACGGGUAAGCUAUGUCAAUAAUAACAAAACCUUGUUUCAUGGGAUGCAACUACCUUCGACGUUUCGAGAGAAGGUCGAAGUUCUUGUCACUGAAUCAGUGAGCGCGAUCUAUAAUGUAUUUCAAAGUGAAAGCAUUAAUCUUUUUGUCUUGUAGGGAUUACUGGGUGAACGUGGAGCACACGGGGGCAAAGGGAAGAAAGGUGUACAGGUAGGGACAAUAAAGCUUCAGAAAAGAGGUUUUUGUGUGUACCUUAGGGUGAUGUAUAGUGGUAAAAUGGGUACCUUCAGGUGAUGUAUGGAGGUAGAAUGCAAGGUGUACAAAUCUCAGGUAUUUUGUUUUUACGUUAGGGUAAAGUAGGAUUACCAGGAGUAACAGGAGAUCGAGGCGAGGUGGGAAAACAGGUAAGAUACGUGAGAGAUUUCAAAACUAAAUUUUUUUAUUAUUGUCGAGUUUUUGUAUAUGGCAGUUUUGAUCAACAUGGCUUCCUGAUUUAGGGCAAGUCCGGCUCGCGUGGAACUCUGGGAGCAACAGGUGAUCCCGGCCGCAAGGUAUGCUGGUAUAUCGUUUCAACAUUUUUUCCAAUAUCGGCUGUUCUGAUGCUAAAGGCCCAUUUUGCUUGUUUAAGCGGUAAUAUCCAGUUAACUCUCAUCAACUCUCAUGCAACUCUUGUUCUCGUAUGACCGGGGCAUGAGAAUUGAGAAAAGUCUCAUGCAAACUCUCUUUUGCCAACUCUCAUCAACUCUCAUGCAACUCUUGUUCUCGUAUGACCGGGGCAUGAGAGUUGAGAAAAGUCUCAUGCAAACUCUCGCUUGCCAACUCUCAUGCAACUCUUGUUCUCGUUUGACCGGCGCAUGAGAGUUGAGAAAACUCCCAUGCGAACUCUCGCUCCUCAACUCUCAUGCAAGUCUUGUUCUCGUUUGACCAGGACUUGAGGGUUGAGAAAACUCUCACGCAAACUCUCGCUUGCCGACUCUCAUCAGCUCUCGUGUAACUUUUGUUCUCGUUUUACCGGGGCAUGAGUCGGGAGGUGAUGAACUCUCGCUUGCAAACUCUCGUGUUUUCUCAUUUUCGUUUGACGAGAUCUUAACGUUUUCUUUUAGGGACCAACAGGCGAUGUAGGAGCUCCGGGCGACGCGGGAAGACAAGGACCAAUAGUAAAUAAUUUGUGAAAUUGCUUCUGGAUUGCCUUCUUCCUUACUUUCUUGUUUUCUAUGUUCCUUUCUACUAUUGAGCUCUAUAACAACUGAUGUAUUAUUUUCCUUGCUGCUAGGGUGAUCCUGGGGAACCGGGACAAAUAGGGUUGGCUGGGAUCAGAGGUGAAACGGUGAGCAAUGGAUUUUGUAUUAUACAAAAUGACUGAAAAUUGGAAAUUUCACAAGGCUAUAUUAUCCGCAUUUUACAACAUUUCGCAACGAAACUUUGGAAUAUUACUAAUUUUGUGAUGCUCUUUCAAGCUGUGAUGAAAUUUUUGUCUAGAUCAAAAUUUAGUCUAUAACGCAAAUGGUCCAUUUGUACUGGUACUUUAUGCUGUACUAAGCCUAAGGCUCCGUCUACAUGAAACCGGGACGAAUUCAAACCAGGAUGAAAAUGAACAUUUUCAGUAUGUUCACGUGAGACCUGUACGAAUAUCACAAAUCAUUCAAUUUAUCCCCUCUGUCCACCAUUUUCCUUUUUGUGACCAUGCUUUGUUCGGAAGCCAAGAACACAGCCAAGACCGGUCUGAAAUGUAUUUGUGUUUACAUACAUCCUGCUCCUAAUGGACCUAUUCCCUAAUAACCAAAAUUUCAUCACAGCUUGAAAGAGCAUCACAAAAUUAGUAAUAUUCCGAAGUUUCGUUGUGAAAUGUUGUAAAAUGCGGAUAAUAUGGCCGUGCGAAGUUUGCCGUUUUUCAGUCAUUUUGUAUUACACGCGGGAAAUUGAUACCUUUUUUCUGAAAGCGGUAUCAAUUUCCCGUGCGUAAUAGCAAACUUCGCAGGGCUAUAUUAUCCGCAUUUUACAACAUUUCGCAACGAAACUUAUUUUUAUACUUAUAUAUUGAAUAUUACAAAUUUUGUGAUGCUCUUUCAAGCUGUGAUGAAAUUUUUGUCUAGACUUAUCUAGAUCAAAACUUUGUUCAUUAGGGAAUAGGUCCUUUUAUCCUGAUCCGAAGACAGUCGGUUUGGUCCAGCGAGCGGGAUGACUUCGACUUCAGACCGGUCUGAGCAAUUUUUCGUUCGCGACGAAACAUCCACUAUAAAUAAUACUAAAACCGAAAUGAAAUCGUCCUGGUUUGAGUUCGUCCAGAUCUCAUGUAAAUAGGACCUAAUACUUCCCAAAGUUAUACACUAAAGUGAUAUAGCUUGCUGAUUUUUAAUUCUGAUUUUUUUCUAUUCCUCUACUCCAGGGUCCGGCUGGGAAAGAGGGUCGUACUCCGACGACAAGAGGACCUCGAGGUGCUAAGGUACGUAUUUGAUUCAAUAGAGACUUGGAUUUUUCAUCAUUCAUGCAUGUAUAACUAAUGUGCAAUUGUACACACUAUAGGGUCCACGAGGACUUCCAGGGACUCCUGGAGGUGCUGGAUCCAAUGGUAACCCAGUAAGUACCAAGUAGUACCAAGCAACAGCUUUGAUAGGUUUCAAGGAAGCAGAUGCUGGUCAACUUUAGAAAUGUCAACACUUAUAAAAAUUAAGCCAUAUCUCUCAAGUCUAUUUAUUUGCCGUCAAAUACAAGACUGCCAAAUAUAAUGAAAAGAAUGAACAUUGUUUCCUCAUUCUGAUAACUGCAGGUUGACCACUAUCUGCUGCACGAUAGUGCUUAUAGUGAAACCCCUUAUGAAUCGCGGGUAAUCAUACAAAAAGCAAAGUUCAAGCUUGAUUUUUUGUCUUCCAUUUCUAGGGUCCUAGGGGUGAUCCUGGACGAAUGGGAAUUGAGGGACCGAAAGGGAAAAUUGUAAGUGCGUUGCAUUUGUGAUGUUUUGGUAGAGUCAAACUGCAAGCAAGCUCUUCUCACAUGUGACUGAGGUGAAAUUAUAUUCAGACAACUGGAUAUUCAUAGGGGUACCGGGCGAGGGGGGGGGGCGGUAGCCCCCCAGUUUGUUGGGCAGUCGGGCAAUAUUCGAUCAACAGUCGGGCAAUUUUGGUUUGCAAUAAAAAAAAUGGGACAAAUUCUGUAAAUUUUGUCUAAAAUUAAGUAAAUUUUGUGGGCAAUUUUGUGUUUUUUUUUAAAUUUGUCUUAUGUUACGAAAAAUUUUGGUUGUCCGGAAAAUUUUUUUUUGGGGGGGUCGCCAAAAUAAUUUUUCCGGAAAAAGUUUUUCGGUACUAGUCGGGCACAAUCCCGAAAAGUCGGGCAAUUUUCUUUCCGCCCCCCUAAAUUUUUCCUUCCGGUACGCCCAUGUGGAUAUUGCAGGAAUUGAACCCAGAGGUGAACGACAAAUGUAGAAAUACGCAGUGCCACGAAUGGUUGUCUUUUCCGCGUUUAAAAUAGUGUUGAGUUUGAAAUAUUUUCUGAUUUCUUUCUCAAAAUAUUAUUUAGGGUCUCAUAGGUGGGGUUGGUCAGCCAGGAAUAUUUGGUCCAAAAGGCUCACAGGUUUGUCUCACGAAAUUUAACACUUGCUUUAGUAUGUAAGACUCUCCCCAGGGUCUUAGCCAGCCUACCGUCCAGCCGUCUUUUGGACGGCCAUUUUCAAAUUUGGACGGCCUUCUAAAAAAGACGGCUUUUGGACGGUAAACAUAAACAUUGCUCACUUGCAAGCUGCCAAAUCUGUCAAACCAAAGAUUCCUAGGCCUAGCUGCCAAAAACCGUAGAAUAUAACUAUAUAAGAUAAUUAGUUGCUUUGUGUUGUUUUUUGGUUGUGUCCUUCACUCACACUAUAGCUUAUCAAAGCUACAAGUACUGAAGUACUGUAUUUAUAGCAUGAAAGUGACAACAUAAUAUCAAUCAUAAGAUUAAUAUAUUGGCAGAUUUACUUAAACUGUACUAGUGUAGUCAGUGUAGUGAGUAGUCACAUAGUCUGAAUAAUUGAAUAUAUUAUUAGUUUUUUUGAGCGAUUCUCAAGUGUGGUCACAGAUUACUCCCAGCAUGCGGAAAUAAUCACAUUGAAUUACUGGUGCAUGAAGUGGUGCCAUGGUUCCAUAUGGAAAAAUAUGGGUGUCAUAAAUGAAAUUUCAAAUUUGGACACCCAAGUUGCAAAUCCUGGCUAAGACCCUGACUCUCCCCCUGGCGAGUAAAAUCGUCUGACGUUAGACAGAGCAGUGCGGCUCAUUCCUCCACCCACCCCGAACUCCUCAAUUUAACUUGGUAUGUACUGUAUUAAUUCAAACAGGGUGAAGCUGGUCACUUAGGGCCGAUUGGAUUGCUUGGAAAUAGGGGUGAAAAGGUUGGUGUUUAUACCUGAAUAGUGAAACCAUUUAAACAAUGCUUCACUACCAUUCUAUGCUUACCACUGGAAAAAAAUUGUGAAAAUCCAUAGAAGGUCAUAGAAUGGUAAUUGUAUCGACCUUUAUUGGAAAUAGAAUGGAUUUUGGUUAUCCAUAAUAAUUGUGUAUUUUCAUACUAUGGAUAUAGUAUCGAAAUAGUAUGGAUAUACUAUGGAUUUACUGGUGCAAUUGCAAAUUUCAUAGUAUGGAUUUCACAUUUGUUCCCAGUGAUACAUUACCAGAACAGUUGUAACUAGGCAUACAAGUUGUCUGAAAAUGUGGAUUAUUUCCUGUUGUUUUAAUUCACGAUAUUUUUUCGCUUUAGGGUAUCAAAGGGCAACAGGUGCGACACAAGAACUUUAAAAUUAUCAACGCUAUGAUAUUCUUAAUUGUCUCGCGUUCAAAAAGUUAUAACAAAAAAAUGCCAUUAUUUUUAGGGCUACCCAGGAAGUCCGGGAGACGCAGGAUUUAAGGUAGAUAUUGAACAGAAUUAUCACGCUGUUGUAUAUUUCAUCAUUUGUAAUUAUUGUUUUAUUCUGAUGCAUUUCAAAUUCAACAUAUUUACUCAUUUUGACUCUUUUUAAUCCAAAUUUUUAUAUAUUUAUACUUAUUUUUAUGCUGUGUCGAUUUGAUUAGGGUUGGAAAGGCGGACAAGUAAGUUUUUGAAUUUCCAUACACAAUCAUUGUUGUUUCGUUAUUUUUUUUACAUGUUGUCUAACACUGUUCUUAUAUUUGGUUAUGUUUGUGUAUAGGGUCCUCGCGGUCCACCGGUAAGCUUUCUUACCUUUUCACAUAUUUCAUUAUCUUUUAAGCUUAAGCAAUAAGGAAGCAAGUAUUUUACAUCCAAACUUCCUGGGUAACAGUUUCCUAUUCAAAACAUUACACAAAUUUGAACGUGCCGAAAAAAACGUCUAACUUUCACCCCUGUGAAAAGAACUUUAAAACUGCUCUACGUUCCGGAAACAUGUUCUGUAUUAAAUUUCAAGUAUUGUUGAAAGUUUUUAGCUUGUUGAAAGUUUUUGGCUUCAAAGAUGGCGGCCAAGUUAUCGUUCAAGUCCUUUUAGAGUUCACGGAUUCAGAUAUAGAGGAUAUUACACGGCGGCCCGAAGAUAUGACUUUUAUCUUCGAGUGGUGAAAACAAUAUUUUACGAACGAGCGCAGCGAGUGAGUAAAAUAUUGUUUUUAACACGAGAAGAUAAAAGUCAUAUCUUCAAGCCACCGUGUAGUGUUCUGUUUAUUAUAUAGUCCCAAGCAAAAAAAUGUGAAAUUUCACGCUCAAAAGAAAAUUGGAAAAAGUCACGUGAUCGAUAUCUUCACUGGUGAAGAUAUGGAAAAUAUCUCACUGUGUAUUUUUCACUCUCUACUACUGUAUAUAAUAAAUAUCAAUUUUUAUGUUUUUGCUUGUAGGGUCCACCAGGUCCUGUAAAGCAAGUUUCGACAUCCCCUCGUCAACAGGUGCUAACCAUUUUUUUUUAUAGACUUUCUUGAGUACAAAUCCACACAUAUACAUAGAGAAUAAUACAUGGGUGCGCGGAAAUACCAGAUUUAUUUCGAGUGUUGAACAUCAGAACAUGAUUCAAAAUUCAGUGAAAAACAAUAAAACGUCCGUGGCAAUGCGUUUUACAACAAAUGAUAUUUUCACACGUAAAAAUAUCGUAUUUUUUACGUGUGUUUAAAUACGAUUUUUCUCAGUGGCCAAAAACUAUAUAUAACACUUAUGUUUAUAUAAUAAAUACAAUUAUAACUACAAAUACGAGUCCAAGUAAACAUGCACGCUAAAUAAAGUUUUGAACUCAAAGGACAAGGCACGAACUGGAAGUUAAAAAUAAUAAUAUUUAAGAUUUAUAUUGCGCAGAUUAACAUGUAAGACCAAUGCAAGUUGCCUCUCCUCUUGUAGAACAUAGUUCUAUAUAAUAUUUAUUAAAAGUUAAUCAUACAGAUUAAUUUAUUUACUUAUAUUAAUUUAUUGCUUGUGACAAACACAAUCAUGGUUAAGGGAGUAGGUACAAGUCAUUUCAGGAUCCAGAGUAUCAUUACACUUGUUCUUGAGGUAUAUUCUAAACGAUGAUGAAGAUGAAAAAUUAUUAGGGUCAAAAAACUACUAGGGUCAAAAAUUUAGAUUUUCUUAUCCAUAUAAUCUUUUCUAUACAAAAACGUAAACCUUAAACUCUGAGCGCGCAAGGGAUGAUGGGUUAUUGCUUAUUUAGACUCACAAACUUUGAAAUUUGUCUUUGCAAGAAUACCUAAGACAUAUAGAAGACUCACCAUAGAAAACAUACUUGCUGCAAAGGCAAGUUUAAAGGCCUAUAGUAGGUGAAAACCCAUCAUCCCUUGCGCGCUCAGAGUUUAAGAUUCAAGGUUUAACCUUAAUUGAAUCAGCUGUAUACGCAAUACACGUAAGGCAAUGAUGAUGUAAUUCCUACUUUCUUCAAUUUUAGCCAGCUACCCAGCAAGCACAGAUAAAAGCCCGAAUUUACCACUAUUACCAAUCAGUCUUCGGAGAUCCAGAGAAAGAGGUAAUCGCUAUAAUGCUUCUACUGUGAUGUUUUGUGCAAUAUACCUUUUACUUAUUAUCUUUGUCGUUUAGGGUGUUCCUAUUCAACAACAAAUCAUCGAUUUAGCUGGUCAAACAUCAAAUAUUAAAAAUCCUCUUGGUAGUAAAGAGAAUCCCGGACGAACAUGCCGAGAUUUGCAUGCUUGUCAUCCACAACUCAAGAACGGUAUGAUUUUCUCGUUUGGAAAAAUGUGCCUUUGUAAUGUUAUACGUGCUUAG